AUGUUCUAUGUGUUUUACGAGGAUGGUAUCAAAGUCAUCCAGCCAGUGGCAUGUGAAAUCCAGAGACACAUAAAGCCCAGUGAGAAACUACAGGGACUUCAGGUGAGAUGCCUUCCACAACAGAAAAACUUCCACUUCAUGUUGCAUUGUAGGGCUACUGCUAGCAGAUUAGCUGUUAGCUAAUUAGCAUGAUUAGCUUGAGGACCAACCAAUUAGAUGUACGAUUCCUUCAGGUGAAAUGCCUUCUAACAGAAACACUUCCUCUUCGUGUAGCAUUGUGCUUGGUAUAGAGGGCUAUCCUAACAAAUUAGCUUUAGCUAGCUGUUAGCUAAACAGUAUUAAUAUAAUUAGCUUAGGACCGACCACCUGCUUUGGUAUUAUCAACACUUUGAUAAUUAUUUGUGUAUUUUACAUUUGAUCUUGCAAACCUGUCACAAUCUUUUAUUCAGUGGAAAUGGUUGCAUCUCAUAACAAUUAGGGAGUUAAUUGUCUCUCUUGUCAUCACCACUGUUUCUCAUACAUUUGAAAAGAUCAUGCAGUUUUGGAGGGUUGUCAACUCCCAAAAGGCUCUCUCUCUUGAGUCAGGCUCCUCAUUGAAUUGCUGUUUGACGUCUAAAUGGUUCUCACUCUUUGCUGCAUCUUCCCUUUUGAACCUGUGUAUUAUUCAAAGCAGAUUUACACAUGUACUCAAAUGGGUGCUUUCCUCCUUUCUACCUUUCAUCGAAGAACCUAUGUUUAUUGGACAGCUGUAAUGUGUGAAGGCGCGCCAUGAAUGCACAACGAUCAGGCCGGGCUCGUCGGAGAGACGACAUUUAUAUUUGGAUAUCAUUAACGGUGAACUCUAUGGCAGCAGCACAAGCUCUGUCUACGAGGAAUGUUGUGUGAGUACACUAGCUAAGAGGCUUAAGCCCAUUCUAGAAAUGGCGCUCACAUCUCACGUUCUUUAUUGAUCAUUCAUGGUAAUGAACCAACAAUUCAUUAUUCCUUAGUGUUAUAUGGGCGUCUUAGUGUGAUACACUUGCCAGAUGAAGAAGCGAGGCUGUUUGAAAGUCAGUGGCGAGGCAGACAUAUUUCCUGUGGCAGGAAGCAAGGGGGGCUAGAGAACAGGGAUUUUAGGUUGAAGGAUUGUGUUUGUCGUGUCCAAGGCUAAGAAAUAGUCUUGCUCAUACCACAAAAUCAAAUAUGAUCUUGGUAUGUUACAGAGCCCGAAUUGUCCUCAGGCAGCUUGUUCACCCGACAACCUUUACAGUAUGUUUUCUUACUUCUAAAGCUUUCCGUUCGAUCCAAGGACCAUGUUGGUGGAAAUUGACAAGAGUUUUUCUUCUGCCUACCUGCCUAGGGUUUCGCACAUGCUCAGUUGCGACAUACUGCAGUGUUGUCUACAGGAGGGUAGAGGUAGAGUCUCUGAGGUAUUCGGUCUCCAGAUGGCUUCUGCUUUGAUAAAGUGGCAGAAAUUAAAAAUCUGAUUACAUCCCAAAGUUUUAAUAGUUUCCUUCACAAACACAUCCAUGAAAAUGGAACUUCAUUUAUCUUGUUUACUGCCAAGUCUGUGAUUUAAAGUAAACGGUCAAACAGCUACAUUUGCCAUGUGAUGACAUAAACAUGAGCACCCACAUGAACAUAAGCCUUGAAUUAAGACCUAUGUGUAGUAUUGGCAUGAUACAUUGGCAAAUCAACAGUAGACCAUAUUCACCUCCCUCUGAAAGUCAUCCUCUCUGUCCAGUAGUACCCACACACAAACCAACAGCCACACACACACACACUCUCCACUGGAUGUCAGAGCUAAGGUUUCGCAUCUCUUUCCUGAGGGUAUUGGGCCCGCGGCGGUGUGGCGAUGUGUGACAUCUGUCAGAAAACACCCCUCUGUGACAGUAGGACGCGAGGCCUCAAACAAAUUCUCCCUUAGCCCAGAACAGAGAACAGACGCUGGGCUGAGCUGGGCUCACAGGCCACGGGAGGGGACAGGGAGGGGAGAAAGGGACAGAAGGACAGAGCCUACUAUGGUAUAAAUACUAUAGUAUUCACUGUAGUGUUUUUACAUUUUAGGACAUUACUGUAAUAUUUAUUUCAGUUCUUUUUUUGGCAGAUAAUACUGUAUUAUUUACUAUAGUGUUGUACAGUAUACUACAACAUUCUAUAGUAAGUACUACACAUGAUCAAGGAAUACUACAGUGUGUAGUAUAGUAUUCUACAGAAUACUACAGAUGACUAUAGAAUUCUAUAAUAAGUAUUGUCAACUGUAGUAUUUUUUCGGGUGGGCAGGAUGCCAAUGUUAGCCAGGUUGAGGGCUGUGGAUAUAGGGUUUCAGAGUGUAGGACUGUGGUGGAUUGCACACAGGCAAUAGGGAGAUGUUGGUUCAUGCUGAAAAUACCAGAACACAGACUGUGUGUGUGUGUGUGUGUGUCCAUGUUGCUGUUGGGAUAAGAGAGGCUUGGACUUGGAGUUAGCUGAUAAGGGAAUGACUCAAAAACAACACAGAGGAAGAAAGGAGAUAAAGAUAAUUUGUUUUUUAAUGUGUCAUUUUGAUAAAUGUUGCACAAUACAUGUAUUAACUGUGUGUGUUUUAUUUUCAGGCUGAGGUUUGCCCCAAGUCAGCGGGGGAGGCCAAGCAGAAGUGUGUGUGGUCAUCAGCGGUCAAAGUGAAGGACAAGUUUAUUUAUGUCACACAGCCAACCUUGGCCAGAGUGCUUGUGGUCGACAUCACGUCUCAGAAGGCUGUCCAGGUAAUUUCGGCCAUGAAAAUUGGAUAAUCAAGAUCACCUUCCCCUUUGGACAGGUCCUGCUGUGGAGUCUUAUGAGUACCGGUAUGCAGUAAACACAAUAACAAACCACCAAUACGACAUCCAUAUUAGGAAGUCCCUUAGUUGUCAGAGGAAACCACACAUGUCCAAUAAUAGGCUACAGUACACAUCAAUGGCUGUAAUGUUGUAUUGUUAAAAAAAAAUGCUAUUGUGCCUUUUUCAUAUCUGCACUCAUUCUCCUCUCUCUGAGGUAAUAUUGUAUUUUUCCAUUCCAUUCGUAGAGUAUUUGUUUCACACUUUCAAUGCAAUUUUGUUCUGCACUUUUUGGACGAUGGAACCAUUCAUAAAGCAAAUGUUGUUUCCGAACAUCAUUGAACAAAUUACGAAGUUGAUGAGUCCGAGAGGCUUAUAACUAUUCACUACAACUGAGAAUGAUUUAGCACUCUAGCUAUUCUGGUCAAAGUAAGGACAUAGCCUUUUUCACAAAGCCUCAGUUGAGUCAGACUUCAUUUUGAUACAAAUGCACUGUCAUUUAGGAACUCAAUUAUUUAGCGUGAUAGAGAUUUGGCCUUCAUUGUUUGAAUGUGCUUUCCAUCAACCGACCCCCACAAAGUCUUUGUUUAGCUUCUGUUUUAUUGAUUUUACAUCCUAAGAAAAUAGUGAAAGCUGAUGCCGGUGCUCAGAUAGAUAGAGUUGAUUGUGUUACGUACUUUACCUCCUUUUACAACCAGUAUAGAAGCUUAUCAUAUCAAAUCAAAUCAAAUUGUAUUGGUCACAUGCGCCGAAUACAACAGGUGCAGACAUUACUGUGAAAUGCUUACUUACAGCCCUUAACCAACAGUGCAUUUAUUUUUCAUAAAAAAGUAGAAUAAAACAACAAAAAAGUGUUGAGAGAAAAAGAGCAGAAGUAAAAUAAAAUAACAGUAGGGAGGCUAUAUGUACAGGGGGGUACCGGUGCAGAGUCAAUGUGCGGGGGCACCGGCUAGUUGAGGUAGUUGAAGUAAUAUGUACAUGUGGGUAGAGUUAAAGUGACUAUGCAUAAAUAAUUAACAGAGUAGCAGCAGCGUAAAAAGAUGGGGUGGGGGGGGGGGGCAGUGCAAAUAGUCCGGGUAGCCAUGAUUAGCUGUUCAGGAGUCUUAUGGCUUGGGGGUAGAAGCUGUUGAGUCUUUUGGACCUAGACUUGGCACUCCGGUACCGCUUGCCGGUGUAGUGGUGUAGUGGAGGGUAAACGCACAUAAAGAUUGUUUACGCACUUCUUUAUUUACACACGCAGAAAAAUGCUUUGAAAAUGUAGGGAGCGUUACUUUAUUCACCGCGAACGGCGAUCAGUGUUUACCCACCUAUUAUUUUUUUUACCACUGCUGAUCAUGACAUCACAAAAAUGUCAGCCUGACAUCAUUGCAGUUUUGCCUACUGGGAAUGGUUAAUCCCAUGAUGAAGAAAAAGGCUCCAAUGUUCUUACAGCAGGAGAGUACCUUGAGCAGAGCAGGUUGUGUAUGUGCCGGGUUAAAAAGGUUUGUGUGUCUCGGAGUAAAAUGAUUCCACAGGGGGACCAGAAGGCGCCCAAUUUCUGCUGCGGAAGGCUCCCCAGGGCCCAUCAGGCAGGCAGGUUGUUGCGCUGGCGACCAUCACAGGCUCAUUACUGGGUCACCUGGAGGUUUGGCUUCAUUACUUGAGAUGAGCUAAUGCUAAUUAGCCACCUGAUCCUCGCUCAGCUCUACCAAGGAAAGAAAAAAGGGGGAGUCAUUUGGGUACCUCAGUUUGUUUACUCAUCUUCUCUUUUCACUUUCAAAAUUGAGUUGUACUUUAUAUUGACUGGCUAGGUGUAGCUUUAAUGAGUGUGGUGAGAAACGUCCUGCAUAUAGCUGGCACCACUGUACUGUAUGCAUUAUACAUCACGUUUAUAAUUGUACAUUUAUUUAAAUAGAAAUCAGCGUACUGGAUUGAUUCUGUCUAAUUCAUAGCAUACCCACCAUCACAGACACAGAGUAGGUGCAUGUGAAUAUGGAUGGAGUGAUACUGGCAAAUCCUCAAGUGGCAGAAGAACAAUGUCCUAUUCUAUCUGAUGACAACAUGCUCAGAGAUGAGCUAUGACUCAACACAUCUCUCUCAUAUCUCCUUGUACGUUAAAUCCUCUCUAGUUGUUUACUCUCACAGUAGUACCAUACACUUUAACAUGAAGCAGUCAAGUAAAAUGCUCCAUUAAGAUUUUUACGGGGAGAAAGAAAACACUACUUCACCAUACUUCAGCUUGUUUUGGUGUCCGCUCUAAUUUCCCAGAAAUAAAGAAAAUAAUAGCUUUUUGUGCCAAGCUAGGUGUAAAAAAAAGCUAAAGUUUUGUUGUUUUUCUCACUGUGUGUUUUCUACUGUCAAUCCGAAUGGACAUAAUGCACGAGUGCCACACACAUGACUCAUCCGUCGGAGCCGGCUGGAACACAUCGCAGCCAGGUGUCAAGGAAUGGAUACUGAUUGAAUGCAAUUACUUCGGUGUUGUAGAGCAAUUGCACUGUCACUGCUCGAUUUGAAAAGCCGCUCAACGUCCAAACACCUCAUACAUAAAAAAGGCGAGCCUCCCCUUUGUCUUGUUAAAAAGGAAAACUUGACUCUUCCUGUCAAAUCCAAUGCAUUAGCGAACAAGGAAAGUUGUGAUAUGCACCGUGCCGAGCGUCAAAGAGUAUAUCUGUCUACAGACAGUGUUGAAUUGUCCUGAGUUGCUCUUUAAGUGCAGACCUGUCUUCAAAUAGUUGUGCUUGCGUCAAGCUGUGCUUGAUUGAGCUUGCCUGACGUGAUGUAACCAAUGGAAAAGACCCAAAAGUGCAAACCCUGUCCAUCUGGCACUCCAGGAAGGCUAAAGCAAAUGAUCGGACUAGGUAAGUGCAGUGUGCUAUAUGAGGUUUGUUUUUGUGUGUGUGCUUUCAGACGGUGAGCACAGACCCUUACCCAGUGAAGCUGCACUAUGACAAAUCCCACGACAAGGUGUGGGUCCUCAGCUGGGGAGACAUGGAGAGGAACUUCCCUACUUUGCAGGUGACUGUUUGACAUCACACCAAAAUACACUAUAUAGAGUAGUGUUAUGUGUUUGUCUUGAUACCGUCUUGAUACUAAUGAUCUAUACAAGUGGGUGUAUAUAUGUGAAAUACACAAUAUUUAGUGUAAACUCACUGUUUAAUGACAAUACUAUUUUAUGUGUUAUGAGAUGGCAUAAAAACACUGUGAUGUGAAAUUUUCGGAACACUAAUAUUCAUGACUAUUCUUCCAAUGGGAUACAUUAUCAACUGUCAAUCCAAGUUUUGCCAACAACCCUUUACCAAAUGGCAAAGUACUAGGUGGCAUUUUCUGUUUAUAGCUCAAUACAACUUUUUAGCCUGCACUGCUUUUGGAUUGUUAGGAGGUGCCAGUCUCUCUAGUGCAUUGUGGCAUAAUUAAGGCUACCCUGCCUGCAUGCGCACACUGGUACACACACACACACACGCACACACGCACGCACACACAGGACCUCUCCUCUCAGUGUGAGUUCGUGUCAGAAGCGAUGCAGGAGGCAAACACAGUGAAUAAUUAAUGAGGCCCACCUUAAAUAUCUCCCCCAUCUUCUCCUCCUUUCCCCUCCUCCCCCUGUCUCCUGGUGUGGUGCUAGGUGAUCAAUCAGGCCAGCGGGAGUGUGUCCCACCAUGCCAUCCACACCCAGCCGGUCGGCAGACACUUUGAUAGAGUGGAUGAUUUCUUCAUUCCUGCCGCCAGCCUCAUCAUUAAUCACAUCAGGUACGUCAGUGUCUUUAUGUGUGUGUGUGUGUGUGUGUGUGUGUGUGUGUGUGUGUGUGUGUGUGUGUGUGUGUGUGAGAGAAAUAGAGUCAGAGUGUGUUUGUUUGUGGGUGGGUGGUUAUGUGUGCACUAGAGAGUCGGUGUGUUUGAGAGUGAAUUUAAAUACUUCCGUUUAACUCCCCUCCUCGGACCAGCGCUCCCCUGCCUUCUGAAUAGUGGGGUGGGGCGAGUUUACUGAACUACUGCUUGUCAGCAACAUAUGAAGAGCAAAUCGAUUUGGCGCCUGCGCUUUUGACGGGCACUCACCGAAACUCACUCCUGUGCUGCUGACACACCAAGGCUUAACUUGAUACAGAAGGCCUAGCUUAGGUGGAGUUGGAGUCGUGGAAAAAGCCAUGUGCCAAGCCGGAGGUAUCUGGGAUUUAAGGAUGUUAACAGUCUCCCAGAGAGUUGCAUUCACUAGUCCUAGUUGUAAUUAGGUCCACUAAGACCUGUCUAAAGGGUUGCUAAAAAAACAUGGCAAAGUACUGAAAAUGUAUGUUCAAAAAACAGACUCCCUUUAGCUCUCCUUUUACUUACAAUGCUGCAUUAACGCGAUAGCACCCCAAUGCAACAAACCAUAGUUGUGGACUCUAAUCACAUGACUUAGACUUGAGUCUGACUCGAGUCACACAUUUGAUGACUUGAAACUGAACUUGAUAGAAAAUAAAAUAACUUGAGACUCGACUUUGACUUGAGACUGAUGACUUGACAUUAUUUGGCCAGGUUUUGUAACGUUUUGUCACUCAUUUUGUGGCACAGAGUCUCCGUGGAUUACUCUCCACGCAGCCAGAAACAGUAGCCGCAGCAUCACCCUUGCAAAACAAACGUGCAACAGAUUGGCUAGUGAAAUGCACACUCAACCCUCUGAUUGGACCAGCAAACUGUCAAUCAACACCACUCGGGUGAGCUAGCAAAAAGACUGCUGAUUUGUUGUACAGCUAUAGGAUCGGGUGCAGCACAAACGUGAAAUUGUAGGGAGAGAGGAUUGCCUGAAUUGCUUCGCCUUGCUUUUCUGGUUGGCUGGAAAGUUUCACCAUCCAAUUAUUUCAGAUCUACAGGAGUGCAAGUUUCACCAUGGCACGGACUGUGGCGAUAUGUUGGCACAUGAUAAUUAUUUGAAUAUGGCAAAUAUUAGUCAAUUAUUGCAUACUAUCCAUCCUGGCUUUUGCGGCCUACCUGAGACAUGAAAAAGAUAGGUGGGAGGGCAUACAGGCUGUCGCCAAUUUAUUAAUGUGCAAUUUACCUAAAGGGUUAAAUGGGUAAUGGAAACACUUCACCCACUGGAGUGACGUCAUUAAGUCCAACGGUUUUUAUCGACACAAGAUAGUUAAAUGGAAAUUCACCCUAGCAGGCAAUUGUCGCAUCUAUAUACAGUACCAGUCAAACGUUUGGACACAUCUACUCAUUCAAGGGUUUUACUUUAUUUUUACUAUUUUCUACAUUGUAGAAUAAUAGUGAAAACAUAAAAACUAUGAAAUUAAACAUGUGGAAUCAUGUAGUAACCAAAGAAGUGUUAAACAAAUCAAAAUAUAUUUUAGAUUUUAGAUUCUUCAAAGUAGCCACCCUUUGCCCUAAUGACAGCUUUGCACACUCUUAUCAUUCUCUCAACCAGCUUCAUGAGGAAUGCGUUUCCAACAGUCUUGAAGGAGUUCCCACAUAUGCUGAGCACUUGUUGGCUGCUUUUCCUUCACUCUGCGGUCCAACUCAUCCCAAACCAUCUCAAUUGGGUUGAGGUCAGGUGAAUGUGGAGGCCAGGUCAUCUGAUGCAGCACUCCAUCACUCUCCUUCUUGGUCAAAUAGCCCUUACACAGCCUGGAGAUGUGUUUUGGGUCAUUGUCCUGUUGAAAAACAAAUGACAGUUCCAGUAAGGGCAAACCAGAUGGGAUGGCGUAUUGAUGCAGAAUGCUGUGGUAGCCAUGCUGGUUAAGUGUGCCUUGAAUUCUAAAUAAAUCACAGACAGCGUCACCAGCAAAGCACCAUCACACCUCCUCCUCCAUGCUUCACGGUGGGAACCACACAUGCGGAGAUCAUCCGUUCACCUACUCUGCGUCUCUGCGAAUACCUGGAAUAGUAUAACAGUAAUCCUUCUACCCGUAAAAAAAAAAGGGGGUGGUUGUCCAACUGGCUAUCCUAAGUUGAAUGCACCAAUUUGUAAGUCGCUCUGGAUAAGAGUGUCUGCUAAAUGACUUAAAUGUAAAUGUAAAUGUCUCACAAAGACAAGGCCUUUGGAACCAAAAAGCUCACAUUUGGACUCAUCAGACCAAAGGACAGAUUUCCACCUGUCUAAUGUCCAUUGCUCAUAUUUCAUAGCCCAAGCAAGUCUCUUCUUAUUAUUGGUGUCCUUUAGUAGUGGUUUCUUUGCAGCAAUUCGAACACGAAGGCCUGAUUCACGCAGUCUCCUCUGAAAAGUUGAUGUUCGGAUGUCUGUUACUUGAACUCUGUGAAACAUUUAUUUGGGCUAUAAUCUGAGGUGCAGUUAAUUCUAAUUAACCUAUCCUCUGCAGCAGAGGUAACUCUGGGUCUUCCUUUCCUGUGGCGGUCGUCAUGAGAGCCAGUUUCAUCAUAGUGCUUGAUGGUUUUUGCAACUGCACUUGAAGAAACUUUAAAAGUUCUUGAUAUUUUCCGUAUUGACUGACCAUCAUGUCUUAAAGUAAUGAUGGACUGUAAUUUCUCUUUGCUUAUUUGAGCUGUUCUUGCCAUAAUAUGGACUUGGUAUUUUACCAAAUAGGGCUAUCUUCUGUAUACCACCCCUACCUUGUCACAACACAACUGAUUGGAUCAAACACAUUAAGAAGGAAAUAAAUUCCACAAAUUAACUUUUAAGGCACACCUGUUAGUUGAAAUGCAUUCCAGGUGUCUACCUCAUGAAGCUGGUUGAGAGAAUGCCAAGAGUGUGCAAAGUUGUCAUCAAGGCAAAGGGUGGCUAUUUGAAGAAUCUCAAAUAUAACAUAUAUUUUGAUUUGUUUAAUACUUUUUUGGUUACUACAUGAUUCCAAAUGUGUUAUUACAUAGUUUUGAUGUCUUCACUAUUAUUCUACAAUGUAAAAAAUAGUAAAAAUGAAGAAAAACCCUUGAAUGAGACGCUUUUAUCCAAAGCGACUUACAGUCAUGCGUGCAUACAUUUUUUUUGUGUAUGGGUGGUCCCGGGGAUCGAACCCACUACCUUGGCGUUACAAGCACCGUGCUCUACCAGCUGAGCUACAGAGGACCACACUGUAGUAGCCUAUUAAUGUAUAUGCCAUUGUAGGCUACUGUAGGCUACCAUUUGAUACAAUAAAUAUGUUGAAAUUACUAUUUCACUCGAGUCAUUGCAAAUCAAAAUGUGCAAAGUGUGUAGCCUACCUUGAGCUGGCAAACAAAUUUUAUAAAUAUUCUAUAACUUCAGUGUAUUGUUGUUGUAUCCUUGUCUUAUUAUGGAAUUAUUAUUGGCCAUGUUUAAUUAAUUAAAUUGGAAGUUAUCAAAGCUCUAUCGCAAUUGCCGAUCAGUUGUUGGAACGCAUUAGAUUGACGGUAACAGUCAGUCAGAUUUGGCUACAGGUAAAAAAUAAAUAAAAAAACACUGGCUGUUGUUGACAAGCAUAUUGAGUUCAUAUACAUAUUAUUCAUAUUUAAUUCAGUGAUUGAAAUUACGACGUCAUUCUCAGUUGCCUAUUUCAUCAGGCUAUUGGGCAACACAAGCGCUUCUUACCUGGAAAUCGACUCUCUAUUCAUGUUGAAUAAAUUAGUCUGUUAAUUUGAACUAAGCAAGCUGCUAAAUCGUUCAGUUUACAUAUUGCCUAAAUUUUGCCUAGGCUACUGUAUACUAUCUGAAAUAAGAUGUAGGCCUAUCAGGUGCUAUAUGCUCCCUGCAUCUGUCAAAGCAAACCAUGGCAAACUUUAAUUACAAUCAUAAACCCAGAUUUGAGUCUGUAGCCUAUGCCUAUUGAAAUUACAAGUCAAUCUUGCAAAUUGGCCAUUUAUAGCUGUUUGCAGUCUUCAUAUCUGGCACAUAAUGGCAGAAUUGCCAAAAAAUAGCCUAACGUUCGUUUUGUUAAGUUUGUCCAAGUGUUUCUUGCUCAGAUAUUGAGAUCCUCUGUCUAACUUUCAUCACUCAAACUCUCCUGUCGGAUUUAUCUAUAGUUAUGCACAUGCGCAAAAGGGAUUUAUUUACAAUUAUCAACGGGGUUCGAACAAUUAUCAACGGGGUUUCAAAAACAGGGGGCAGGCAAACGACAGGUCAAAGGCAGGCAGAGGUCAGUAAUCCAGAUCAGAGUCCAAAAGGUACAGAACGGCAGGGAGGCUCAGGGUCAGGGCAGGCAGAAAGGUCAAAACCGGGAAAACUAGAAAACAGGAAUUUGAGAAAGAGGAGACAAAGGGCUGUGAGACAUGGGUUUGAUCCUAGACACAUGAAACGUGGGAUGUAUACGGAGGGUACGGGGCAACAGAGGACGAACAGCAGAGGGGCUAAUGAUCUUGGAGAUGGGGAAAGGGCCAAUAAACCGGGGGGAAAAUUUGCGGGACUCCACCCGGAGGGGCAGAUCUCGGGAGGACAGCCAUACCUUCUGCCCGAGAUGAUACCGGGGUGCCGGGGUCCGGUGGCGGUCCACUUGUCGUCGACCUGGAUGUGGUCUUGAGAAGAGCCGACCGGGCUCUCCUCCAGGUACGAUGACAGCUGCAGACAAACAUCUGGGCCGAGGGUAUGCCGACCUCAUCCUCUCGCUCCGGGAAGAGCGGGGGCUGAUAACCCAGGGAACACUCAAAGGGCGAAAGACCCUUGGCAGAGCAGGGAAGGGUGUUGCGGGCGUAUUCGACCCACACUAGUUGCUGACUCCGGGUGGUGUGGUUGGCGGAGACCAGGCAGCGCAGAGUCGUCUCCAGGUCUCGGUUGGCUCGCUCUGACUGACCGUUGGACUGAGGGUGGAAACCGGAGGACAGGUUGGCCGACGACCCAAUGAGUGUGCAGAACGCCUUCCAGAACCGGGACGAGAACUGAGGACCCCGGUCGGAGACCAUGUUCACUGGGAGUCCAUGGAUCCGGAAGACGUGCUGCACCAUGAGCUGGGCCAUCUCUUUGGCGGAGGGUAGCUUGGGGAGAGGAAUGAAGUGGGCGGCUUUGGAAAACAGAUCCACAACUGUCAGAAUGGCGGUGUUGCCAUCAGACGGGGGAAGACCCGUGACAAAGUCCAGGGAUAUGUGAGACCAGGGACGGUGAGGAACAGUCAGAGGUUGGAGGAGACCAGCCAGAGCUUGCAGAGGAGUUUUAUUCUGCGCACAGAUCGUGCAGGCGGCGACGAAUGCGGAGACAUCAGGAACCAUGGUAGGCCACCAAAAGCGUUGUUGCACAAAGGCCAGGGUCCAAAAUCCAAUGGUAUUUAUAUAUCAAAAGAUAAAGGCCAUGGCAAUGGACCAUGCAGGCCCUCCGAUUUCAUGACCCAAUACAGCACCUAGUUCACGUUCACUAUCAGUCCCAUUGAUGUCCAAGUCCCCAGCCCUAACGCCCCAAAUGGACAAAACAAUCUCUGGAUCAAUGCUUUACUUCACAGUGCUGAUAAGGUGCUCCAUCACUCUCUAACAGUAAUUUUCUGUCCACAUGAACAGACAGUGGGAGACAUUUAAAAUCACAUAAAAGAAGACGGAUGUUACCGAGAUUGAAGUGCAUGUCAGAAUUGAUCAGACAGCAUUCAGAUUUAAUUUUGCCAUGUCGGCCCCUCACAUUCUCCCUCCAGUCUUGCAUAUCAGAAUUAAAAUGUGUCAUUAUCACUCCUCUUUGAUUUUUUAAAAUAUAAUAUAGUAUUUUCAAUCAUUAAUAUGCCCAUUGAAAUCUAUUAGUGUGAAGCAUAGGGCAGACGAUUUCAACUCAGCUUGCAGAGAUUGCUCAUCUGAGGCGAUAAGAAAAAGGCCACUGAAAUGUGAAAUGUGUAGACCGUAUCCACCCCUCUCUUCUUCUCAAACCAAUCCUAAGGCCUUUUCUUUGAGGAACUGAGAUAUUGCAGCUAAGAGAGUCACACACCCCUCUGUCAAAUCUAUUUUGUCCAUUCAGAGUAUAGUAAUAGGAGAGGUGAUGCAAAUGGAAGUCACUGUUAAGAUUUUAAUCACAGCAUGAGCGGGGAAAAUGUGCAACUAUUCAAUAGUGGUGAGGAUAACAGACCUAGUACUUCUCUUGACAAUCAUACAUUUAAUUCUACUCUCCUCAAUUGUAAAUGUAACUGUAGCCUUGGUCAGGAACAAACAUCCGGUUAUCUAACCAAGAUGGGAGCAGUGGUGAAACGGUGUUUGAGGUCCCGGAACGCCCGGUCAGCAGCUGGGGACCAUGUGAACGGAACCUUGGGAGAGGUGAAUGCAGACAGGGGGGAAGCCAGGGUGCUGUAACCCUGGAUAAAGUGGCGAUAAAAGUUGGCGAAUCCCAGGAAAAGUUGCACUCUGGACGUAGGCUGGGGCAAAUCCACCACUGCUCUCAACUUCCCGGGAUCGGGAAGGGGAUGGGGUAGCCCAGGAAGGGGAUGGUGGAGCGAAUGGAAUUCGCAUUUCUCCGCUUUCACAAAAAGCUGGUUCUCCAGGAGGCGUUGGAGGACCUGUCGGACGUGGAACACGUGUUCUUGGGCGGAGCAGGAGAAGACGAGGAUGUCAUCGAGGUAGACGAAGACGAACCGGUUCAACAUGUCGCGGAGAACAUCAUUAACCAGGGCCUGUGACACAGCUGGAGCAUUGGUAAGGCCAAAUGGCAUGACCAGAUACUCGAAGUGACCGCUGGCCAUGUUGAAGGCAGUCUUCCACUCGUCCCCCUCCCGUAUCCGCACCAGGUGGUAGGCAUUCCGUAGAUCCAGCUUGGAGAACACGUUGGCCCCCUGGAGUGGCUUGAAGGCUGAGGAGAUUUUUUAAAAAUUUUAUUUCACCUUUAUUUAACCAGGUAAGCCAGUUGAGAACAAUUUCUCAUUUACAACUGCGACCUGGCCAAGAUAAAGCAAAGCAGUGCGAUAAAAACAACAACAACACAGAGUUACAUAUGGGAUAAACAAAAUGUACAGUCAAAAACACAAUAGAAAAUCUAUAUACAGUGUGUGCAAAUGUAGUAAGUUAUGGAGGUAAGGCAAUAAAUAGGCCAUAGUGCAAAAUAAUUACAAUUUAGUAUUAAGACUGGAGUGAUAGAUGUGCAGAAGAUGAUGUGCAAAUAGAGAUACUGAGGUGCAAAUGAGCAAAAUAAAUAACAAUAUGGGGAUAGUUGGGUGUGCUAAUUACAGAUGGGCUGUGUACAGGUACAGUGAUCGGUAAGCUGCUCUGACAACUGAUGCUUAAAGUUAGUGAGGGAGAUAAGAGUCUCCAGCUUCAGAGAUUUUUGCAGUUCGUUCCAGUCAUUGGCAGCAGAGAACUGGAAGGAAUGGCGGCCAAAGGAGGCUUUGGGGAUGACCAGUGAGAUAUACAGUUGAAGUCGGAAGUUUACAUACACCUUAGCCAAAUACAUUUAAACUCAGUUUUUCACUAUUCCUGACAUUUAAUCCUAGUAAAAAUUCCCUGUCUUAGGUCAGUUAGGAUCACCACUUUAUUUUAAGAAUGUGAAAUGUCAGAAUAAUAGUAGAGAGAAUGAUUUAUUUCAGCUUUUAUUUCAGUCAGAAGUUUACAUAUACUCAAUUAGUAUUUGGUAGCAUUGCCUUUAAAUUAUUUAACUUGGGUAAAACAUUUUGGGUAACAAGCUUCCCACAAUAAGUUGGCUGAAUUUUGGCCCAUUCCUCCUGACAGAGCUGGUGUAACUGAGUCAGGUUUGUAGGCCUCCUUGCUCGCACAUGCUUUUUCAGUUCUGCCCACACAUUUUCUAUAGGAUUGAGGUCAGGGCUUUGUGAUGGCCACUCCAAUACCUUAACUUUGUUGUCCUUAAGCCAUUUUGGCACAACUUUGGAAGUAUGCUUGGGGUCAUUGUCCAUUUGGAAGACCCAUUUGCGACCAAGCUUUAACUUCCUGAUUGAUGUCUUGAGAUGUUGCUUCAAUAUGUCCAUAUAAUUUUCCUUCCUCAUGAUGCCAUCUAUUUUGUGAAUCCACCAGUCCCUCCUGCAGCAAAGCACCCCCACAGCAUGAUGCUGCCACCCCCGUGCUUCACGGUUGGGAUGGUGUUUUUCGGCUUGCAAGCAUCCACCUUUUUCCUCCAAAAAUAACGAUGGUCAUUAUGGCCAAACAGUUCUAUUUUAGUUUCAUCAGACCAGAGGACAUUUCUCCAAAAAGUACGAUCAUUGUCCCCAUGUGCAGUUGCAAACCGUAGUCUGGCUUUUUUAUGGCGGUUUAGGAGCAGUGGCUUCUUCCUUGCUGAGUGGCCUUUCAGGUUAUGUCGAUAUAGGACUCGUUUUACUGUGGAUAUAGAUACUUUUGUACCUGUUUCCUCCAAUAUCUUCACAAGGUCCUUUGCUGUUGUUCUGGGAUUGAUUUGCACUUUUCGCAACAAAGUACGAUCAUCUCUAGGAGACAAAUCGCGUCUCCUUCCUGAGCAGUAUGACGGCUGCGUGGUCCCAUGAUGUUUAUACUUGCGUACUAUUGUUUGUACAGAUGAACGUGGUACCCAAGGAUGAACCAGACUUGUGGAGGUCUACCAUUUUUUUCUGAGGUCAUGGUUGAUUUUCCCAUGAUGUCAAGCAAAGAGGCACUGAGUUUGAAGGUAGGCCUUGAAAUGCAUCCACAGGUACACCUCCAAUUGACUCAAAUUAUGUCAAUUAGCCUAUUAGAAGCUUCUAAAGCCAUGACAUCAUUUUCUGGAAUUUUCAAAGCUGUUUAAAUGCACAGUCAACUUAGUGUAUGUAAACUUCUGACCCACUGGAAUUGUGAUACAGUGAAUUAUAAGUAAAAUAAUCUGUCUGUAAACAAUUGUUGGAAAAAUUACUUGUGUCAUGCACAAAGUAGCUGUCCUAACCGACUUGCCAAAACUAUAGUUUGUUAACAAGAAAUUUGUGGAGUGGUUGAAAAACUAGUUUUAAUGACUCCAACCUAACUUCAGACUUCAACUGUACCUGCUGGAGCGCAUACUACGGGUGGGUGUUGCUAUGGUUACCAAUGAGCUAAGAUAAGGCGUGAUUUGCCUAGCAGUGAUUUAUAGAUGACCUGGAGCCAGUGGGUUUGGCGACGAAUAUGUAUUGAGGGCCAGCCAACGAGAGCGUACAGGUCACAAUGGUGGGUAGUAUAUGGGGCUUUGGUGACAAAACGGAUGGCACUAUGAUAGACUACAUCCAAUUUGCUGAGUAGAGUGUUGGAGGCUGUUUUGUAAAUGACAUCGCCGAAGUCAAGGAUCGGUAGGAUAGUCAGUUGUACGAGGGCAUUUUUGGCAGCAUGAGGGAAGGAGGCUUUGUUGCGAAAUUAGUGAUAGCGGGUAGUGGUUCUUCACCUUGAUGUCAUUGAGGCCCCGGUAGUCGAUGCACAGGCGCAGGGUUUUAUACUUCUUCUCAAUAAAGAACAACCCUGCACCGGCGGGGGAGGCAUAAGGACAGAUGAAUCCGGCAGCUAGGGAUUCCUCAAAGUAGGUCUCCGGACCGACAGCGAUUACAGUCGUCCCCGGGGCGGAGUGGUGCCUGAGAGAAGGUCAAUUCCACAGUAGUAGGGUCGGUGCGGCAGAAGCGAAGUGGCCCGGGCCUUACUGAACACCUCCCGGAGGUCCUGGUACUUUGCGGGAAUGGCGGAGAGGUCCGAGGCAACUUCCGAGACCCCAGGAAGACGUCCCAGGGCAGGCUGCGCUGGCUUCAGGCAAUGAGCGUGGCAGAACGGGCUCCAGCCCAUGAUGGCACCAGUAGAACAGUCAAUAAAGAGGUUGUGUCGCUGGAGCCAAGAGAAACCCAAUACCACGGGAACCUGAGGAGACUUAAUUAGCAGGAAUUGGAUCGUCUCGCUGUAGUUCCCUGAUACUCGUAGGUUGAUGGGGGUGGUAUUGUGGGUGACCCGGCUUAUAGAGCACCCGUCCAGCGCUCUAACGCCCAUGGGAAUGGAGAGGGGCUGAGUGGGGAUGCCCAGCUCAGACACCAGGGUAGUGUCCAUAAAGCUCUCAUCGGCCCCAGAGUCGAUGAGUACCCGGAGAGAUUUCAACUGGUUCCCCCACAGCAAGAUGGCAUGAAAGGGGGUGCGAGUAAGGGGAGAGGAAAAGUUAUCCGUAUGGCCCACUAGAGUACUCGCUCCUACCGGUGAGCCUGGUCUUUUAGUGGACAGGUGGCUUCGUGUGAAGCCUGUAUUGCCGUUGCACGAACUCCUCCAGACUGAAGCAUACAGCCGACUGGUGUUCCCACACUGCCGUAGCCCAGGCGAGAGCCCUCCCGGACAUCAGCGUGAUGAAGUACGCUAUCUUAGAGCGGUCCAAGGGGAAGUGAGUCCUGAGUGGCGCAGGUGAGUCCUGAGUGGCGCAGUGGUCUAAGUCACUGCAUCGCAGUGCUAACUGUGCCACUAGAGAUCCUGGUUCGAAUCCAGGCUCUGUCGCAGCCGGCCGCGACCGGGAGACUCAUGGGCGGCGCACAAUUGGCCCAGUGUCGUCCAGGGUAGGGGAGGGAAUGGCCGGCAGGGAUGUAGCUCAGUUGAUAGAGCAUGGUGUUUGCAACGGCAGGGUUGUGGGUUCGAUUCCCACGGGGGGCCAGUAUAAAAAAUAUAUGUAUUCACUAACUGUAAGUCGCUCUGGAUAAGAGCGUCUGCUAAAUGACUAAAAUGUAAAUGUAAGGAGGAGGGCUGCAGCUCAAUUAUGAGCAAACACUGAGCGAGAAAUGCCAGACAGAUUCGCGACUCUCCAGCGAAGCGUUCCGGGGGAGGUAAGCGGGGUUCUCGGCAAAGUGGGGUAGCCAGGAGGCCGUGCUGCUAACAGCCCAGUUACUGAGGAGCUGGGAGGUUACCGUUGUGGUAGGCUGCCUAACAGACAACCUGCGGAAUUACCAAUUAUCCACCAAUGUGUUAAACACUCGGUCAUGGCGUUCGGCCAAGGUCUGGAACCCUUCCAUGAGACCACGAAGCAACUCCUCGUGCCUUCCAAUGGUGGCUCCUUGGCAGGAGAUGACGUUGCGGAGCUGGUCCGAGUCUGCUGGGUCAGUCAUGGCCAGUUCGUACUAUCACAUUUCAGGAGAAGAGCCAGAUGCAGACAGUGUAGUAGUAACAAAAGUUUAUUACAAAAACAGGGGGCAGGCAAACAACAGGUCAAGGGCAGGCAGAGGUCUGUAAUCCAGAUCAGAGUCCAAAAGGUACAGAACGGCAGGCAGUCUCAGGAUCAGGGCAGGCAGAGGUCAAUAAUCCAGGGUGGUGUGACAAGGUACAGAACGGCAGGCAGGCUCAGGGUCAGGGCAAGCAGAAUGGUCAAAACCGGGAAAACUAGAAAACAGGAACUUGAGAAAGACAGGCGCAAGGGGAAAAACGCUGGUAGGUUUGACGAAACAAAACGAACUGGCAACAGACAAAUAGAGAACACAGGUAUAAAUACACUGGGGAUAAUGGGGAAGAUGGGCGACACCUGGAGGGGGGUGGAGACAAUCACAAAGACAGGUGAAAGAUCAGGGUGUGACAGGAAAAUGAUCUGGCGAGUUUAAUAAGGGCGAAUUAUCUUUUCAUAUUCAAAUUUGUCAUAGUUCGCAAUAAUCAUUAUUUUGAUGAAAAUCGAAUUUUGCUUCUAACGUCGUUAUGUGGAUAUUCCUUCUUAAUUGGCUCGAUAACGUUAUGGAAAAAAGGUUUGUUGUAUCAAUGUGGCAACUCCUCUCUUGCUGUGGAAAAACAAUUUGGGCUAGUUUCAGGCAUUUUGGGCAGGUUUUGAGUGGUCAUUGGUUAGAAAUGUCUGCUUGACCUGGCAACCUAGGAGACACCGCUGCAAAGCAUAGAGCGUACUGAACAGAGAGUGCCGUUGCACUUGACCAAAUAAAUUCCAGUAAUUCAUGAAAUAAUUAUACAUUUAUCUGACACGUCGCGACCCACCAUGAACAGGUCCGCUACCCACUUUGGGUCACAACCCAUACUUUAAGAAAGGCUGAUAUAGAUACAAUAACAACACUUGAUACAAAUAACACCACUGCUUAUAAAAAACCCAGACUCAAAACUGAUUCAAAACUAAUAAUGUCCCUUGUGUCCAAAAGUAAUCUUACACUAGGUACUAGUUUCCUGGUGCCAGAUUAUGCCUACUCAGAAGCAUGUUCAGUUGAGAAUCUACAUGGAAUCUACAUUUAGUCCACAAAUAGGCUUUAAUCUGUGACCAUGAAUUUUGCCCUAGGUGUAGAUUGAACCUCCCUGGAGGCUAUUUUGUAAAUGACAUCGCCGAAGUCAAGGAUCGGUAGGACAGUCAGUUGUACGAGGGCAUGUUUGGCAGCAUGAGUGAAGGAGGCUUUGUUGCGAAAUUAGUGAUAGCCACCAUUUAGGCCAAUGGAAAGGUCAAACCAUGCCCACUCUGGAUAGAUCAAACUCAAUCAAGUGCACCUAUUGAUAGCUUUUCAUGUUUAAUAACUCCCUUAGCCUCAGCCAAGAUCAAUCCAUUGUGGGUGUCCCCAACAACUCCCCCAAACCAAUAUGCAGUCAGUGCACCUCGUAGCACAAAACAGAAGUCUCAGAGCACUGACCAUCACAAUAUACAAAGAAUUUGAAGGCUUUUAGAUUUGUCAGGAAUAACCACCCGGGCGGGGCUUUGGGGAGCCAAGGAUAUGGCAUUGUGCACAAGGCCUUUUUAAAUACCCUAUCUCUUUGAAACGUCUGAAAACGCGGCUUACAAGAGCCCUUGAUUGUGCUCUUAGGGCGCAUAGAGUCUCUAUUGAAUGUUUUUGCCAACUCUAUUAUUGUGGUCUUGGAAUUCAAUUCCGGUCCAAUCUUUUGUGCUGUUGUAUCUGACUCACUUGGUGGGGAGUCGACAGUGAUGAACGUGUUGGUGGCUGUAUUGUACGUCAUGUUUUUACAUUUCUGUCAGUGAAUGGACAAUGGAAAAUAAGAGUCUGUCGGUGGAUUUGAACAUAGUUCAUGGUAGUAUAUAUUCUUUAGCCUUUCUUCAUUCUACAGUAAGUAAUUGCUGGCAUUCUUACAUAAACAUAGUAUUUUGUCUAUAUCUCAUCAAUAUCUUACAGUAUAUCAAAGCAGCAUAAUGCAUUUGGCAGAUCAUCCGAUCAGUACACUAUUAAGGUUUAGACCAAUGAUUUCUAGGAUGUAAACCAGCACCACGCUGCUAGCUUCAACAAGAAUUUGUAGUAUUAGCAGUAGGGUUAUCGCAGUGGCUCAACAAGUCACAUCACUAUGCACUGUACUGAAAGCUGGCUUAUGUCAUAGCUUGAAGACACUCUUUAAUAUUUAUGUUAGGUAACAAUACAUCAGUACGUCAAUAAAAUGCAUGAAGUGAGAGAACAUUAUUUAAAAUGUGAUUUUUAUUUCCAUGUUGGAGGAAGGUUAGACAAAAUGACAUAAGGACUUCAUGACACAUUCAUAACCCAUACAUACCACUUUCAUAAGCAGUGUGCGCAUAAUCAUUUCUUACAUGCGUAUGUCAAGCACCGCAAGUUGAUGUUUUCAUUAUGUUACAGUACUGCAAUGAUACAUUUGUGGUGGUAGACAGAAGCAUUUAAUCUAUGUUUAUAUGCUGCAUAUGUGUUAUAUAUGGUUUAUGAACGUGUCAUGACAUAUUGUAUGCAAGUUGAUUUACUGUACACUACAUUACAAACAUAGGAGUACAGUGGGGGACUUCUAGUUCUAAAAUGUUUCUUAUCUUCCAGGUAUUCCCAGAAUACACCCUGCAAGACAUAACAAACAACUUUAGGAGCUCACAUUCAUUAAAAUAAUUGACUAAACGUCACACAUUUCUGCUAGUAAGCAAACGAAUUUAUUUGAUAUUGUUCCGUAGAUGGUAUACAUCUUGCUCUGCCUUGCUUUUUGUCAAUUUGCUAUUAAUUGUAGAGUAAGCCUAAUGGAAAUAGCAAAAAGAUUAUAGUUGGCAUGUUUUUUGGGCUGAGUGGUGGGUUUAACAAAUAAAUAUUAAACCAAUAAAAAAAAAUGGUUUUGCCUAUUACAGAGACAACAUCCUUAUUUUCCUCUGCUUAGGAAUUGAGUUCAAGUGAACCAAAAAGCAAACUCCUGGCUUAUUAUAAAGUAUGCAAGACAAACUAAAACAAAGUAUACAGCUCAUAACUGUCACGGCGUGCUGUAGGUGCAGUGGCGGAAUCAAAUGCAGGACGCAGACGGAUAAUCCAAUAAACUUGUAUUGAGCCGAAACACGGCAAACGGACAACACUUGCCCGAAGGCGAAAUACGCACGAAGGCGAAAUGGAAACAAAACAGCGCACAAACAUGUGCGAAAACUCCAGCGCAGUGGAGAGAAGCUCAACCGAGCGAAAACACGUCUGACACAAAACAAUAAUACACAACACCUGACACACACAACGGGAACUAAAUAGGACACUAAUGACACUAACUGAAAACAGGUGUGACAACACUCAGACAAAAGCAAACGAACAUGAAACAUACAACGGUGGCAGCUAGUACUCCGGAGACAACGAACGCCGAAGCCUGCCCGAACAAGGGAGAGAGGCAGCCUCGGCCGAAACCGUGACAGUACCCCCCCCUUGACGCGCGGCUCCAGACGUGCGCUGACUCCGGCCUCGGGGACGACCCGGAGGACGCGGAGCCGGGCGCGUCGGGUGCUCACGAUGGAAUUCCGUCAGGAGAGACGGGUCCAAAAUGUCUCCCCUCGGCACCCAGCACCGCUCCUCCGGACCGUACCCCUCCCACUCCACUAGAUACUGGAGACCCCCCAUCCGACGUCUCGAAUCCAAGAUGGACCUCACGGAGUACGCCGGUGCCCCCUCGAUGUCCAAUGGGGGCGGAGGAGUCUCCCUGAUCUCACUGUCUUGGAGUGGGCCAGCUACCACCGGCCUGAGAAGGGACACAUGGAACGAGGGGUUAAUACUUUUAUAUUCAACAGGUAGCUGUAAUUUAUAACACACCUCGUUCAACCUUCCCAGGACUUUAAAUGGCCCUACAAACCGCCGACCCAGUUUCCGACAGGGCAGGCGGAGGGGCAGGUUCCUGGUAGAGAGCCAGACUCGAUCACCAGGUGCGUACACCGGUCCCUCACUGCGGUGGAGAUCAGCGCUCGCCUUAUGACGUCGGAGGGCCCGCUGCAGGUGGACGUGUGCAGCGUUCCAUGUCUCCUCCGAGCGCCUCGCCCACUCAUCCACCGCAGGAGCCUCGAUCUGGCUCUGCUGCCAGGGUGCCAGAACCGGCUGGUAACCUAACACACAUUGGAAAGGGGUUAGGUUAGUGGAGGAAUGGCGUAGGGAAUUCUGGGCCAUUUCGGCCCAGGGAACGUACCUUGCCCACUCCUCCGGCCGGUCCUGGCAGUAUGUUCUAAGAAACCUGCCCACAUCCUGGUUUACACGUUCCACCUGCCCAUUACUCUCCGGGUGGUAACCCGAGGUGAGGCUCACCGAGACCCCCAACCGCUCCAUAAAGGCCCUCCAGACUCUGGAGGUAAAUUGGGGACCCCGAUCAGACACAAUAUCCUCGGGUACCCCGUAGUGCCGGAACACAUGGGUGAAUAGGGCUUCGGCAGUUUGCAGGGCGGUAGGAAGGCCCGGCAUGGGGAGCAAACGACAGGCCUUAGAAAACCGGUCCACAACGACCAGUAUAGUGGUAUUCCCCUGUGACGGAGGAAGGUCAGUAAGGAAAUCCACCGAGAGGUGGGACCAUGGUCGUUGUGGCACGGGCAGGGGUAGUAACUUACCCCUAGGCAGAUGUCUAGGCGCCUUACACUGGGCGCACACCGAGCAGGAGGAAACAUAAACCCUCACAUCCCUUGCCAACGUGGGCCACCAGUACUUGGCACUAAGACAGUGCACUGUCCAGCCGAUACCCGGAUGUCCAGAGGAGGGUGACGUGUGAGCCCAAUAGAUCAAUCGAUCCCGAACCUCGAGCGGAACGUACUUCCGACCCUCCGGGCACUGUGGUGGACUAGGGUCGGUGCGUAACGCCCGCUCGAGUUCAGCAUCGACCUCCCACACUACCGGUGCCACCAGACACGACUCCGGCAGUAUGGGAGUGGGCUCCACGGACCUCUCCUCCGUGUCAUACCGCCGAGACAGCGCAUCUGCCUUACCAUUCUGUGACCCAGGGAUGUACGUGAUCUUAAAAGUAAACCUGGUCAAGAACAUAUUCCAUCUUGCCUGGCGAGGGUUCAGCCUCCUCGCCGCCCGGAUGUACUCCAGGUUACGGUGGUCCGUCAAAAUGAGGAAAGGGUGUUGAGCCCCCUCAAGCCAGUGCCUCCACACCUUUAGAGCCUGUACCACGGCUAACAUCUCCCUGUCCCCUACGUCAUAGUUCCGCUCCGCCGGACUGAGCUUCUUAGAAUAAAAAGCACAGGGGCGGAGUUUAGGUGGCGCGCCAGACCGUUGUGAAAGCACGGCUCCUAGACCGGCCUCUGACGCGUCCACCUCUACCUGGAACGGCAAAGAGGGAUCCGGAUGCGCCAGCACCGGGGCCGAGGUAAACAGGUCCUUCAGCCUCCCAAACGCCCUGUCCGCCUCGGCCGACCACUGCAGACGCACCGGACCCCCCUUCAAAAGAGACGUGAUGGGAGCUGCCACCUGUCCAAAACCCCGGAUAAACCUCCGGUAGUAAUUCGCAAACCCCAAAAACUGCUGCACCUCCUUCACAGUGGUUGGUGUUUGCCAAUUACGCACGGCCGACACCCGGUCUACCUCCAUCUUCACCCCUGACGCAGACAACUGAUACCCCAAAAAGGAGACCGACUCCUGGAAAAACAGACACUUCUCUGCCUUCACAUACAGGUCGUGCUCCACCAGCCUCCGCAACACUCUACGCACCAGGGCCACAUGCUCGACACGGGUAGGCGAGUACACGAGAAUGUCAUCAAUGUACACAACCACCCCCUGCCCCUCCAUGUCCCUGAAGAUCUCAUCCACGAAUGAUUGGAAAACUGACGGAGCGUUCAUCAACCCGUAUGGCAUGACCAGAUACUCGUAAUGGCCCGAGGUGGUACUAAAGGCUGUCUUCCAUUCAUCGCCCUCCCUGAUGCGCACCAAGUUGUACGCGCUCCUGAGAUCUAAUUUAGUGAAGAAACGCGCCCCAUGCAACGACUCAGUCAUGGUCGCAAUCAGCGGGAGUGGAUAACUGUACUUCACCGUAAUCUGAUUGAGACCACGGUAAUCGAUGCACGGGCGCAAAACACCAUCCUUUUUCUUCACAAAAAAGAAAUUCGAGGACGCAGGGGAAGUGGAAGGCCGUAUGUAUCCUUGUCUCAGAGAUUCGUCUAUGUAAAUCUCCAUAGCUUUCUUCUCCUCUUGAGACAGAGGAUACACAUGGCUCCGUGGGAGCGCAGCUCCUGCCUGGAGGUCUAUCGCACAAUCUCCCUGCCUAUGGGGCGGCAACUGCGUCGCCCUCGCCUUACUAAACGCAAUAGCCAAAUCCCCAUACUCAGGGGGAACGUGCAAUGCGGGCACCUGGUUUGGACUCUCCACCGAGGUAGCCCCUACGGAAACGCCCAAACAUCUACCCACACACUGAGCAGACCACUCCAUCAGAGCCCUCUCCUGCCACGAAAUGGAUGGGUUAUGGGUACUCAACCAGGGCAUGCCCAGCACCACCGGAUAAGCAGGAGAGUCAAUCAGGAAUAGCUGAAUCAUCUCCUGAUGACCCCCCUGCGCACACAUCCUAAGUGGCGCCGUGACCUCCCUGAUCAAGCCCGUACCCAACGGACGGCUAUCUAGGGCAUGAACGGGGAAAGGAACAUCAACAGGAAGAAGGGGAAUCCCUAACGCUAAACAAAACUUUUUAUCAAUAAAAUUCCCAGCCGCGCCUGAAUCUACCAGCGCCUUAUGCUGGGAAUGAGGUGCUACCUGUGGAAAACGCACAGGCAUACAAAAAUGUGCAACAGAGAGCUCUGGGUGAGUGGGGCGCCUACUCACCUGGAGGGAAUCCCCAGUGCGGGACCUGUCGUCCUCUCCCCUAGGAGGCCAUCCCCAGCACCUAGCCGCGGUGUGUCCUCCCCGACCACAGUUGGUGCAAGGGAUGGACCUCCUAGUAAGCCGACCCCUCCUCUCUCUAGCGCCAGCGCCCCCGAGCUCCAUGGGGCACGGCUCGGAAGCGCUGGAGGGUGAAAUGGACGGACCCCCCUCGGAACGCCCGCGGGUAGCUAGCAGGUUAUCCAGCCUGAUGGACAUGUCGACCAACUGGUCGAACGUGAGGCUGGUGUCCCUACAGGCCAGCUCCCGACGGACGUCCUCUCGUAGACUACACCUGUAGUGAUCGACGAGGGCCCGAUCAUUCCACCCUGCAUCUGCCGCUAGAGUACGGAAUUCGAGGGCGAACUCCUGAGCACUCCUCCUCCCCUGCCGGAGAAAGACCAGACGCUCCCCCGCCGCUUUCCCCUCCGGGGGAUGGUCAAACACCGCCUUGAAGCGGCGGGAGAACUCGUUGUACGUGAUGGUGUCCUGGUGCGGGACUAGGCUGACUGGCUGAUGGUGCUGGCACGGAGGGUGGCGGUGGAGGCGUCCCCCAGCCUCGGAUGGUGGUGAUCACCUCCUGCAGUGCGGUCCCCAUCUGCAGGAUCUGGUCCCCUUGCUCCCGGACCCUGUCCUCCAGAGUCGCCUGGGCUGCUGCGGCUCCUGCUGAUUCCAUAGGUGGUGUAUUAUUCUGUCACGGUGUGCUGUAGGUGCAGUGGCGGAAUCAAAUGCAGGACGCAGACGGAUAAUCCAAUAAACUUGUAUUGAGCCGAAACACGGCAAACGGACAACACUUGCCCGAAGGCGAAAUACGCACGAAGGCGAAAUGGAAACAAAACAGCGCACAAACAUGUGCGAAAACUCCAGCGCAGUGGAGAGAAGCUCAACCGAGCGAAAACACGUCUGACACAAAACAAUAAUACACAACACCUGACACACACAACGGGAACUAAAUAGGACACUAAUGACACUAACUGAAAACAGGUGUGACAACACUCAGACAAAAGCAAACGAACAUGAAACAUACAACGGUGGCAGCUAGUACUCCGGAGACAACGAACGCCGAAGCCUGCCCGAACAAGGGAGAGAGGCAGCCUCGGCCGAAACCGUGACAAUAACUCAACACACAAGUGUUACUUUUCACAUAAUUCCACAGUAUUUGUAAAAAUCUGUAUAGUUUACCAAUUAUGGGAGGCAUGCUGAAAACAAAACAACAAAAGGCAACUGGCAAUUUAUAUUUUGCUCAAUGUGUUGAAAUAUGAUAUGGGUUUACAAGCAAAGCCAGCCCAGAUGUUAGUUUUACUGUUCAUAGAGAACACAAACAAGCCCAUAUUUCUCAAUAACUUUUUCUAACAAACUUCAGCACUACUCAUUUUUAGCAAAAAUAAGUCUGAAGGCAAAAUUGUCAUAUUGACCUUCAUAUAUCAAACACUCUGCUUUAUGUCACUGUAGAUGUGCUCAAUUCACUGAUCUGUCUUAAUGUACACAUUUGUAGAGAGUAGGGACAUUGAUCAUGGUGAGUAGGGAUGUCAUAAAAUGUAUACCAUACUAUUGAUACAUUCUCAUAGCAGUAGUUACAGUUGCUUGCACUGACAUAGUACUCCUUUCUCCCUAUCAGGAGUCCACCCACAACAUAAUUGAAUUCUCAUUUUUUUCUCAUUCUCCCAUAGAUCAAAUAAUAGUUAUUUUCUCAAACUGUGUUAGCUUUGACUUAAUUUCACUCCCUGUGGCUUUUCUUUACUUGAAGGUGCUUGUGUUAGGAUCAAAAUCUCCCUGGGAAGAAAUCCUGGGGAUUUUGUGUUGGAAGUUCGAACAUUCUGGAAACUCCCAAUUACUCAAAAUCCAGGGGUAUUUAUAUAUCAAAAGAUAAAGGCCAUGGCAAUGGACCAUGCAUGCCCUCCGAUUUCAUGACCCAAUACAGCACCUAGUUCACGUUCACUAUCAGUCCCAUUGAUUUCCAAGUCCCCAGUCCUAUUGCCCCAAAUGGACGAUACAAUCUCUGGAUCAAUGCUUUACUUCACAGUGCUGAUAAGGUGCUCCAUCACUCUCUAACAGUAAUUUUCUGUCCACAUGAACAGACAGUGGGGGACAUUUAAAAUCACAUAAAAGAAGAAAGAUUUUACCGAGAUUUAAGUGCAUGUCAGAAUUGAUCAGACAGCAUUCAGAUUUAAUUUUGCCAUGUCGGCCCCUCACAUUCUCCCUCCAGUCUUGCAUAUCAGAAUUCGAAUGUGUCAUUAUCACUCCUCUUUGGAUUUUUUAUGUAUAAUAUAGUAUUUUCAAUCAUUAAUAUGCCCAUUGAAAUCUAUUACUGUGAAGCAUAGGGCAGAUGAUUUCAACUCAGCUUGCAGAGAUUGCUCAUCUGAGGCAAUAAAAAAAAGGCCACUGAAAUGUGAAAUGUGUAGACCGUAUCCACCCCUCUCUUCUUCUCAAACCAAUCCUAAGGCCUUUUCUUUGAGGAACUGAGAUAUUGCAGCUAAGAGAGUCACACACACCUCUGUCAAAACUAUUUAGUCCAUUCACAGUAUAGUAAUAGGAGAGGUGAUGCAAAUGGAGGUCCCUGUCACUGUUAAGAUUUUAAUUACAGCGUGAGCGGGGAAAAUGUGCAACUAUUCAAUAGUCGUGAAGAUAACAGACCUAGUACUUCUCUCGACAGUCCACAAAUGUAAAUGUAACUGUAGCCUUGAUGAAGGUUGGCUUUAAUUCUAAUGUCGCACCACUAUGAAGUGUGACGUCAGGAAGCAAGUGAAAAUUAAUUCAAGCCUGUAGGUGUAAUGUGCAACAAAAAUUAAUUAAUUAAUUAAUAAAGAAGCAUAAAAUAAAUGUUUUAUUCUCUUUUUUUUGUGUUGACCAUCUACAGUACAUUUAAUGGUUUUAUUUGUGCCAUAAAAACAUGUGAACAAGUAUAGUAACAUUCAAAAUGUCUCCUUCUCUAUCUAGAUUUGGAAUUGUCCUCCACAGAAAUGAACCGGCGCUCCACAAGAUCGACCUGGAGACCACGUUGUCAGUGAAGAACAUCAGCCUGCUCAAGUACAACUGCAUCCCCAAGUCUCUGGCUUACACCCACCUGGGCGGCUACUACUUCGUCAACUGCAGGCCCGAUUCCAUGGGUGCCACCCAGCCCCAACUCAUCGUGGACAGUGUGACAGACUCCGUGAUUAGACACAACGGGGACGUCACCGGCACCCCGUACAUGUCUCCGGACGGACACUACCUGGUCACGGUGGACGACCAUGAUGGCUUGAUGAGGAUCCAGCAGAUCACGGUGCGCGGAGAGAUUGGCGAGCCCUUCGACAUCCACACCAACCUUCACCUGUCUGAUGUGGUCUUCCAGCCGUCGUUCACCGAGGUCCACCAGUACAACGUCUUCGGAAGUUCGGGAAGCCAAACGGACUCUCUAUACGUCGAGCUGAGCACAGGCAAUGUGAAGAUGAUCAAGAGUCUGAAGGAGGCCACCAAGACUUCCGAUUGGCCGUGGAGCAGUAGGAACCGAGUGAUGACCGGCAGUGGACUUUUCGGACAGUACCUCAUGACCCCGUCCAGGGAGUCUAUCUUCAUCCUGGACGGUCGUCUCAACAAGCUCAACUGCGAGAUCACCGAUGUCGUCAAAGGCAACGUAGUGACGUGGGUUGGCGAGUCAUAG